UCUCAGGGAACAGUCCCUCGCUCGCUCGCUCCCUGUGCGGGGAUGCUGCGAGCACAAUGUGCAGGUGACAAGAUCCCGAUUCCAGGAGUUCGUCUCUGACCUGUGCCGGUUCGAGGACGAGUUCAGCGCUGACUUCACUGUCCGGAGCGUCGCAGGAGGAGGAUGCUCUGCCUCUCUGGCGUCACCGUCACCCCACAACUCCAUGGCUACCUCAUUUGGGGUACUCUGGAGAAACAGGUGUCGGGGAAGUGACGUCAAGAGCCUCGGAAACCGGAGGUGUGCGCUUUGGAGAGCAAGAUGGCAGCGAAAUCCGACGGUCGGGGGGUCGUCACCGGUUUCGCCCAGCUGCACAACCUGGAUGAUACGGCGGGAAGCUGUGAGGACGACCCGCGGCAGAACAGCUCCUUCCACAUCUGCCACUGCUGCAACACCUCGUCGUGCUACUGGGGCUGCCGGAGCGCCUGUCUGCAUUACCUCUUGGGCAAGGGGAGAGACGUCAGGCGGCCACCUCACGAGGAGGAGCGCCUGUGGUUGGACUGCCUGUGGAUCGUUCUCGCGCUGCUCGUCUUCUUCUGGGACGUGGGUACUGACUUAUGGCUCGCGCUCGACUACUACGUCAAGCAGGACUACCUCUGGUGUGGACUCACACUGUUCUUCGUGCUGGUGCCGUCGGUGCUGGUCCAGAUCCUGAGCUUCAGGUGGUUCGUGCAGGAUUACACGGGGGGCGGCUUGGGCUCCGUGGAGGGUCUCAGCAGCAGCCGAAGGGCCACGUCUGGCACGAGCGCAGGGGUGUACGGCAGGGCCAGAUGCUGUCGCGUCUCGGUGUGGGUCUGGCAGACGCUCAUACACAUCCUUCAGAUGGGACAAGUGUGGAGGUACAUCCGAACAAUGUAUCUCGGCAUCCAGAGCCGCAGGCAAAAGGAGAACCAGCGACGCUUCUACUGGGCCAUGAUGUACGAGUAUGCCGAUGUCAACAUGCUCCGUCUACUGGAGACAUUUCUGGAAAGCGCUCCACAGCUAGUUCUCCAGCUCUGCAUCAUGAUCCAGAAGAACCGGGCAGAAACACUGCAGUGUGUGUCAGCGAUCGCGUCUCUUCUCUCGCUUUCCUGGGUUCUGGCCUCAUACCACAAGCUUCUGCGUGAUUCCCGCGAUGACCAAAAGAGCAUGAGCUACCGGGGAGCGUUGGUGCAUCUUCUGUGGCGUUUGUUCACCAUUUCAUCUCGGGCGCUAUCUUUUGCCCUUUUUGCCUCGGUUUUCCACCUAUACUUUGGCAUUUUUGUGGUGCUUCACUGGUGUGCCAUGGCCUUCUGGGUAAUCCACGGAGGCACCGACUUCUGUAUGUCCAAGUGGGAGGAGGUGCUAUUCAACAUGGUGGUCGGCGUAGUCUACGUCUUCUGCUGGUUUAAUGUCAAGGAGGGAAGGACCCGAUACCGCAUGGUGGUUUAUUAUUCACUGGUGCUGGUGGAAAAUACCAUCCUUACCGCUCUGUGGUACACCUACAGAGACCCGGUCGCUACCGACUCCUACGCUGCAUCCGCCCUCUGCGGCGUCUUCCUGUGCUUUGCCUCUGGAGUGGCCUGCAUGGUCUUCUAUUACGGGGUCCUGCAUCCCAUGGGACCCGGGCUGAGGGUGCUGGCCAGCUCCUGCUGUGCCGAGCUGCUCUGGGGUCUCCCGUUACCACCAGAGGCCGAGCCAAUGGCUCCCACUCCGGGGCCUCGGGGCUCCCAAGCCACCCCGACCAGGGCUAUGGCUUCAGGGGACUACAGCGAGCCGGAGGAGGCUGCCACAGACACAUGCCUGCCGGUGUUCCAGGUGAGAUCCACGGAGCCCACCGAUGCGGCGGGCCGGCCCAUUCACCCCGAGGGGCCCCUGAUCAAGAUCGACAUGCCCAGGAAGCGCUAUCCGGCUUGGGAUGCUCACUUUGUGGACCGACGUUUGCGGCGGACCAUAAACAUCCUCCAGUACAUCAGCCCCAAUGCAGUGGGCAUCAGGUACAGGGAUGGACCCCUCCUCUACGAACUGCUCCAGUAUGAGUCCUCCCUAUAAAGGCGCACAAUGCCGCUUCUUCUCUACUCUCAUGCCCUCUCUGGUUCUCCACUUCCCUUGGUGCUUUUUUAUUUAGUUGUACUCUUGAGCUAUAAGAGUGCAUCUAAGGUCUAAAAGAGUCUAAACAGAGAAUAUUCAACAUAUAUUUUGACUAACACAGUGUAGAGUUGCAGAACAAAGAGUCCGAAAUACAACAUUCCCUUGUUGGGGUUGCUACGGUGUGAAUGUUCGACUAAUGUGUUUGUUUGAUGGUGUUUGUGGCCCUGUCACCUCUGACAUGUGCAUGGUGGGAAUGAUGGAGG